AUGACAAUUCCAAAGGAGAUGAUCGAGAAAAAGGAUGUGCCAUCCAUUGAAGAGUGUUUGGAAUCCCAGUUCAAGACAAUGUUGUCCAGCCUCGAUAAUGGCGCCGUUCUCCUGAUACUCAACUCAAUGCAAAUUGACACCAGAGUGAUGAGGGCCGCUUUUUCCCAGGGCAGGUUCACCCACGCCGCGGUGUUCCUCAAGUCGGGUUUCCUGACGCCCUCCCAAGACUGGUCAUCCAAGCCCCUGCUAUGGCAGGCAUCGGGAGAGAAGAUAAACGACGAUUUGGUCACAUAUACCGACGGACCAGACCUCCACCUGAUGUCGAGAUACUUGGCACACUACAUGAUCAACAAUCCCAACUCGCGCUUUGUAGUGAGGAACUUGAAGAAGCCCCUCACUCCAUCUCAAGGACAUGAUCUGCGCGACUACAUUUGUCAAACGAUCCAGGAGUCCACCGUGGAGUUCUGCACCAACUUCCAACUGCCAUACAUCUGGCUAACCUCCAAUAUGCAAUGGCUGCAUUGGUUGGACAAUAUUAUUUUGGGACCAGCCGGUGCCAAAAGAUCCAAACUUACAUUCUGCAGCCGAUUAGUGACCGACACUUUCAAGCAUAUUGGGGUGCUAUCCCAAGACAUCAACAGUUCAAGUACCAAUCCCAACUUCUUUGCUCGUCCAUUCAACAAUGAUACGUUCGAAGAUAAGGAGUACGAGCUAGAUAAGCACACUAUAGUAUUGAUUCAGCCAGAGUUCAGAAAGGCAUCACGUACCUUUAUCGAUUAUGAAUCGGUCGAUGCUGCUUUGGAGGGCAUCUGCUUCAUGUAUGAGGCCAAGCUCAAGAGCACUCAUCCACAUCAGAAGAACAUCACCUACGACAUCUCCCAGCUCUUCAAAUACCUUGACGAUAUCCCCGAUCUGUCAUGUCUAAUUUACACUCCAUCGAUCAAUGCAUACACACCAUACAACAAGGAAUGGAUCAAGAAUAAGAUUAUGGUCUUGCUGCAGAAGAUGGCUCGUUAA